AUGGUGGGAAGCCUCAUGUACCUGACUGCCACCAGACCUGAUCUUAUGUAUGUAGUGAGCCUAAUAGCACGUUUCAUGGAGGCUCCUACUGUUUUGCAUCAACAAGCAGUGAAGAGAGUGCUUCGAUAUCUAAAAGGAACAGCUAAGUUGGGAAUACUUUACAAGAGAGGAGACGAGGAAAGCUUGCUUGCCUAUUCAGAUAGUGAUUACGCAGGUGAUCUUGAUGGUCGCAAAAGCACUUCGGGGUAUGUUUUUAAACUGAGUUCUGGGGUUGUAGCAUGGAGUUCUAAGAAGCAACCAGUUGUGUCUCUGUCCACCACCGAAGCAGAGUACAUUACUGCUGCUGCAUGUGCCGGUCAGUGCAUAUGGAUGCAGCGAGUUCUUGAAAAGCUUGGUUUUAAGCAAUGUAAGUGCACUAUAUUUUGUGAUAAUAGUUCAACCAUCAAACUCUCCAAGAAUCCUGUUAUGCAUGGUAGAAGUAAGCAUAUCGAUGUUCGGUUUCAUUUCCUUAGAGAAUUGGUUAAUAAUGAAGUGGUGGAGUUGGUGCACUGUGGUACAAAGGAUCAGCUGGCUGAUAUUAUGACAAAACCCUUGAAGUUAGAAUUGUUCUUGAAGAUGAGAAAGCAGCUCGGUAUGUGCAGUAUUCAAGAAUUAAACUGACUAUGUGUAUAGCUCAGUUUAAGGGAGGAGUUGUUAGGAAACUUAGUUAUUAGUUGACUAAGUAUUAACAGCUGAUUACAUGUUUGUUCUUUUCUGUUCUAAAAUAAUUCCUUAUUUGUAGGAAGCAGUUUGCUGAUUCAUUCUUCCUUGAAACUAGCCAUGAUACAAGUUGUGUAAAUCAUGGAUGCAUUUUUUUCUGUUAUUUCUGCUGUAUGAUGCCUCUAUAAAAGGCCUCCUCUGAGUUAAUAAAAUAAAGUUUUCAGAACUA